AUGAACGCUAGAACAAAAAAAGUCGGUCGUGCACAUUACACUAAAGAAGAGGACGACAAAUUGGUUCAGUUUAUAUUAGAACAACAAAAAUUAAACAGUUAUUUGAAAGGAAAUGGGAUAUACAAAAAAAUAGAGCCAGAAUUCCCAAGGCACACGUGGCAUUCAUUGCGCGACCACGCACUGAAGAAGAUAAUCCCUAACUUGCAAAAUUAUCAACAAGCUGCACCGGUUAUUAAGGAAAAAUCAACUUCUCAGUCAUCACCCACCACCCAAUCGGUCAACCCGUCAUCUGACUUGACAUCCACAGCUCUCCCCAGCAGUGCAACACCUGAUACUAAAAGCACAACACAACAUAGAGGUGUAUGUACAGAGCACAACUAUUGCGAAAACGACGCAGACGACAUUGUUGAUUCUGUUAAGGAGUUGGGCGAAGAUUUAAAGACCAAACGCGAAUCUAAAGAAUUUAGCAAGUUGGAGUGGGAUGAUCGGAGUAUGCUGGAGGUGGUAGAGGAGCAUAUUAAAAAGAGGAAACAAGCCAUGAAGAAAAAAGGCUUUUUACGUUUAGUUGGAGAGUAA